AUUAUUAAACUAUAAGAAAAAAACAUUUAUACAAAAAGCAAUUUGAGCAAUGGCAAUCGCUUACUUUAUACCCGAUCAGGCGCAACUGUUGGCCAGAAGCAGGCAACAACAGGCAAGUGCGCAACAAGCAGGAGGCGGCGUCGGCUCCAGUCCAACGAAUGCCAGGCAAAACGAGACCCGACAACAACAGCAGCAAUCACAACAACAACAACAACAACAACAAAGGCAACAACAACAACAACGCAGCGGCAGCUCACAGUUUCGCGCCAACAUUUCAGUGCCGCUGGGCCGCGAACAGGGCGCCAUGUCCAUGUCGGAGUUUGGCUGCUGGGAGCUGUUGGCCCAGAUCUUCUGCUACGCCUUGCGGCUGUACAGCUACAAUCCAGCACAGCGCCGGCCGACAGUCAUACAGAUCUCGUUCGAGAUUAGCAGCAGCGGUGCAAGCGAGGCGAAUGCGGAUGGAGGUGCAGCCGAUGCGGCCGGAGAUGUGACAGAUGCGAAGCAGGAGUAGAUGUGGCCAAGAGACACAAAGACUAAACACAAACUGACUAUUAUUGUACAGUUAAUUUUUUGGUGGCAGCUCAAUCAAAGCGCAUUGUGAUUUUUCCGAGGAUGGAGACGAAGGAGUUGGAUGGAUUUGAAUGGAGUUUUAUUUUUGAUUCUUUUUGUAAAGUUGAAAGUGCUAAAUGUAAUUUAUAUAUUUUUAGUAUUUAAACGAUUUUU